AUUGUUUCAUUUAAAAAGGUUUUUUAUCCCACAUUAAUUUAAUUUAUAUUUGGUCUAAAAUCUACGUCCAUUCGCCGUUCUAUAAAAAUUUCAUAGCAGAUUUUACAAAACUACAUGGUUAAAAGGCAACUCCUUAAACGGCAAAACAGACAAGAGUAGCUACUAGCUAGGUAGCUAAAAAAACUUUGAGGUUAUGGUCAUGUGUGAGUGUGAAAUCAGUGUAAUCAAGUGAUGUUAUGUUGUUUUGAAUCUUUAAAUUUUUAUUCUCAACUUAAAUAAAUAUAUCAUCCUGGAUGCUCAGAAUUACACGAUCUAAAUACUUUGCAAUGAUUCGUUUUAUUAUUAGUGUUUAGCUAUACAAUCAUAGCUUCUAGUGUUUAGCAAAUCAAAAUGAAGUUUUCUUACAAGUUCUCAAACUUAUUGGGGACAGUUUACAGAAAAGGAAAUCUCCUUUUUACACCAGACGGGAAUUCCGUUAUAAGUCCAGUGGGCAACAGGAUUUCCAUCCAUGACCUUAAAAACAACAAGUCGUCCACUCUUGCUGUCGAGAGCAAAUACGACUUUGCAGCGCUAGACAUCUCUCCGAAUGGCAGCACCCUGAUUGCCAUCAAUGAACAGGGAGACGCCCACCUGAUCAGUUUACUGAGUCGAGUUGUCGUUCACCAGUACAAGUUUAACCACUCGGUCACAUGCAUCAAGUUCAGUCCCGACGGAAGUCGAUUUGCCGUCUGCAAGCAGAACAAUGUUUUCAUUUUCAAGGCUCCGGGGCAGUUCGCUGGUCAGUUCAACCAGUUUGUGUUGGAACGAGUUUACCACAAUGCGUAUGACGAGACGACGUGUGUCGACUGGGCUUCUGACUCGAGAGUACUAGCUGUCGGCUGUAAGGACACUUCCACAAGAUUAUACUGCCUGGACAGGCUCGCCAACUUCCGCCCCAUUACACUCGGUUCCCAGAACGACGUUAUUGUAGCCGUAUUCUUCGAAGAGAACUCUCUUGAUGUGACUACAAUUGCAAGAAACGGGAGGUUAUGUGUUUGGGAGAGCAGCUUGGAACUGAGCGAGCUGGAACCUUACGAUGAGCCGGAGGAGAAGAAAAAGAAGGCAGGAGAAAACGAAGAAGCGGACGACGAUGUGGAUCUUAGCAAAGGAGAAGAGAGGACGGAGGCUUUGACUGUAGAGGAAAAAGAAGAGCAAGAAGAUGAAGCAAGCGUAAAGAAGAGCGAUGCGCCUAAACUGUCGUACAAGCUGUUGACGCGACACUACCUCCGAGACCAAGUGGCGGGCGAGAGGGUGACGGUGACAGCUGCGGCUUACCACCGAGUGACGCAUGUGCUAGUGACGGGCUUCAGCAACGGAACAUUCCUCAUACACGAACUGCCUGACGUCACGCUCAUACAUUCUCUCAGUAUCUCAGAGCACUCAAUCAGUUCGCUGGCGCUCAACAACAUUGGGGACUGGGUGGCCGUCGGGAGUCGAGCGCAAGGCCAGCUGUUGGUCUGGGAAUGGCAGAGCGAGACUUAUGUGAUGAAGCAGCAAGGUCACGCGCAGGCCAUGACGUGUCUCUCGUACUCACCCAACGCGCAGUAUAUUGUCACCGGCGGCGAGGACGGAAAGGUGAAGCUGUGGAACACCCAGUCCGGUUUCUGUUUCGUCACGUUCCACGAACACACGUCGAGUGUCACAGCCGUCAAGUUUGCCAACAACGGAAAGUUUCUUGUGUCCACCUCCCUGGACGGAACUGUCCGAGCGUUUGACAUGACCAGGUACCGCAACUAUCGCACUUUGACGUCUCCUCGUCCUGUUCAGUUCUGCAGUCUGGCCUUGGACCACGCCGGGGAGUUUGUCGCCGCAGGAGGCCAAGAUGUGUUCGACAUCUUCCUCUGGUCUAUGACACUCGGUCGUCUCCUAGAGGUACUAAGUGGUCAUCAAGGUCCCGUGGUAGGACUACAAUUCAACCCAUCCACUUCCAGCACGGCCCUCGCUUCAGUCAGUUGGGACAAAUCUCUAAGGCUGUGGAAUGCUGUAGAGUCCAACGGACAGUAUGAGAGUGUUCUGCUCAACUUUGACGCCACUUGUGUUGCGUACAGGCCAGACGGCAAGCAGGUCGCGGUGGCAACACUGGACGGCCGCAUCUCCAUGUUCGACGUACAAACGGCUCAGCAGGUUGGCAGCAUCGAGGGUCGUUACGACCUCGGUAGCGGACGGUCGGACACCGACCUCAUCACAGCCAAGAAGACUCUAGCUGGCAAAGCGUUCACCAGCAUGUGUUAUUCAGCUGACGGCCUGUAUAUCCUGGCUGGCGGCCAGAGUAAGAACGUCUGCAUAUACAACGUGGCGGAAGCCAUCUUAGUGAAGAAAAUUGAAAUCACACAGAAUCAUUCCUUCGACGCCAUAGAGGACAUCAUAGAUCGUCGCAAGAUGACGGAGUGGGGCAACGCAGCUCUGAUUGAGGAGGCGGAGGAGUUGGAAGGAGGGAACGUACAUUUGCGACUGCCAGGGGUGCGGAAGGGCGACAUGGCGGCACGAGGGAUGAAGCCUGAGGUUAGAGUGUACCACGUGCAGUUCUCCCCUACAGGUCAGGCGUGGGCCGCUGUCACCACAGAAGGUCUCCUCGUCUACUCUCUAGACUCUGGAGUCGUCUUUGACCCUUUCCACCUCGACCCUGACAUCACCCCAGCCUCCGUCCUGUCCCGCCUCGGCAAACAGGAGUACGGAGAUGCACUGAUGAUGGCAUUGAGACUGAACGAGCAAAAGUACAUUCAACGAGUGGUCGAGUCUAUACCUCCUUCAAGCAUUGAGUUGUGCGUGUCAUCACUACUGCCAGUCUACGCUGAGAGACUGUUGACCUACGUGGCUGCCACACUAGAGACGACAAGACACCUAGAGUUGUACGUAGAUUGGCUGCGUCAAUUAGUCACACGACAUCCUCGACAGCCUGUCCCCACUCUGUUGCUGGUGCAUAAGAACCUAGGAACUAAAUACAGCCAACUGGCUAGGCUAUGUGACUUCAACAGAUACACAUACCAAUUCUUGAAGAAAAUCGGUCCCUUGAGAACCAAACAAGCAAGAUAUAAGGACAAUGAGGAUAAGAUUGAAGAAGAUCUAUCGUCAGAUGAUGAAAAUGAAGAGUUCCUAAUGGAGACAGAUUAGAGGAUUUUUUUAAUUUUUGUAAAUAAACUUUUAUACAAAUGUU